AUGCCACUCGCUCCGGCCAACCAAUCUCAGCUAAUUCGAGCCGGUCAGAAGGACGAGUACUACCAAGCCUUCCUUAGAAACAACGCAAAUGAAGCCUUUCAAACGCUUGCCGGAUCCAAAAGGUGGCUGGACUGGAGGAAAGAAGUUGAGCUUCUUUCAGACAUUGCCUACUUUGGUUUAACAACACUCAUAGGUUACCAGACACUGGGUGAGGAGUAUGUCAACAUCAUCCAAGUUGACCCCAGUAAAAGACGCAUCCCCUCCGCCGCCAGACGAGGCCUCUUUGUUUUCUGCCAUACAUUCCUGCCCUACCUCUUGGACAAAGUCUUGGUCUGCUUGGAGAACGAGCUAGAAGGAACAAAAGUGCCUCGCGGCGGUAUCAGAAGGCGGCAGACUCCAUCUGGGCCGUGGAGCUUGGAACUGUGGCUGCGGAGAUGUGCACAGAGGGCAGUGGGACAGUUGUCAGAGUCUCAGAGGAAAAAGUGUUUGCCGGCUGUGUUUUUCCUACAGCAGACAAUCGCCCUCCUGCACAGAUUCCAUGUGGCGCUCUUUUAUGUCAGCGGCAUGUUCUAUCAACUGUCGAAGAGGACUUCCGCAAUCAGUUAUCUGCGUGUUUCAGGUCUGAGGAAUGAUGAUGGCACCAUCAGGAGUAGCUACAGACUGCUGGGAGCCGUCUCCCUCAUCCAACUUUUUGUCACAAUGUAUCUGCAGCUCAACAACUUUAGGCAGAGACAGAGAGCCCGGCAGGAGUGGAAGCUCUACAGGAACCUCACUUGCAGUCCACAACAAAGCCUAAAACCAAGGUCCAGGCCUGCUCGCUGCAUCCUCUGCUUGGAGGAGCGCAGACAUCCAACUUCUACCCCUUGUGGACACCUUUUCUGCUGGGAGUGUAUCACAGAGUGGUGCAACACCAAGGCAGAGUGCCCCCUGUGUCGGGAGAAGUUCCAGCCUCACAGACUAGUGUACCUGAGGAACUACACCUAA